AUGAACCCUCAUGGUGGCUCAGCUGGAGAAGCUAAUGCAAACAACCAAAAUUAUACGAGGCCUCACUUUUCUGGUCAUUCACAGGAGAUGCCACAUCCCUUAUUUCCCUACUUGGUUAUGGACCGCACGUUUCCUCAGCCAGUAUUGAAUCUCCCUGAAGAAGGAGCCUACAACAUUGGUGCCACAACUGAUGUUCCACUUCAGGAAAACCCUAAUGUUGUACCACCUGAGGAAGAAGAUGUAGACAGGUAUCUGAACUUUGACAUGAUCCCUGAGGUUGCAACAAUAUCUCCUGCCAUGGAUCCAAGUUCAAACAUUGUUGCACUUGGCGUGAAUGAAAGCGACUCAAACAGCGUCAACAACAUAUCAAGAAAAAGAAGCCUCCCUGAAAGUGCUUCUCGACAGAUAGAGGAACCCAAAAGGCUUGAUACUCGGUCUCAGGUGAGAGAUACCCGCAAUGUGAUUCCACAGAGUGCAGGAACAACGAUUCCAUCAACCAACAUGAGAGCUGACUCCAUGGAUAAUACUAAUCAUACAACAGGUUCUCAUGUUCAACCUUAUACUUCAACACAUUCCCUUCACUCAUCUUUCCAACCCUCACACCCCGUUCAGCCUCCAUCUUUUCACAGUACUCCAUUCAUGUCUAAUCCUGCCUUGACCGUAAACACCAUGACCGCCAUGAAUGCUCCUCACUCAAUAUCCUCUCCCUUUCCACACGCUGGAAUGGAUAUUAUAGCUCCAAUUUAUGAACGUGGGAGCUACAUGUUUGGUCCGGUCGUAACAUCAAUGGGUAAUUUUCCCACUUAUCGACCAAACUGGUCUUACGUUGAUACUGAUAGAGAUACUGCUAGAAGGAGUCUUGCUUUUGUUGUCCCCCAUCCGUUCGAACCCCCGGAAUUGCAAGCAGUGCAGUUACUGCCUGGAAUUGUGGGCAAUGGUGGCGGAGUUAGUAUUGGUGGAGCGAAUACUUACCACCCUCUGACUGAUCAUGCAAGCUCUUCAACUUGGUUUCCUCCACAGGGCUCAGGAGGAAUGCACCAUUUUGGUGCAGUAAUUAGUCCUGCCACUCAGAAUCUCCAGAGUCUUAUGCAAACAUCAUCACCUGCAAUUCCACCCAUUUUCAUUCAUGAACCCGCUUUUCCGCUACCACAAUUUCCUUCUGAGGAAACCAGAAGAGGACUUCCAAAUGAGGUUCAAUCUCUCCUUAAUUCUUUAAGCGAUGGUCAAGCUCUCAGGUUCGAGGAGUUGAUGAUUCUUGACUACUCACUUGUGUUACGUGCGUUUGAGAGAGAGCACCCUGAACUAUUUGAGACAUCAUCGCGAUCCACUGGCCUGAGUCUUGAAACGAUAACGCAAUACAUGGAGCGUGAAACUUUCUUGGUUGUUGAUGGAGAUGAUUCAGAACAAAAUAAAGAAAAAUGCAUCGUUUGUAUGGAAGAAUUUUGCAACGGAGAGGGUAUUGGGAAGCUGCAUUCUUGUGUGCACAAGUUUCACUUUGAUUGCAUCAAAACUUGGCUCAACCGCAAGAACGUUUGCCCCGUCUGCAGAAGAACUGGGUUGGAAACGCCUAAUGACCAAAAUGUAGAAGGUAAAGCUGCAGAUGCAGCUGUGGUUCACGAUGAAGGUCACAGUCAAUAGUUCCUCACUGAAACUUCUAAAGACUGUGAUUGCAGAGAGCGCGUAUUUGAUUCUUGAUCACAAAUGAGCUUAAACGCAUGCAAGACUAUUUUUUCUUUUCUUUUAAUGGAUUUUUUA